AGCAAGCAAAAAAGCGAAAGCUGGAAGCUGAAAAUCACAUAUAAAAUCAAGAUUUCCUAGGGAAGAAGCAACCGAUCUCUAAAACCCAGAACCAGAAAUCCAAAGAAUUGGAAGGAGAAGGAAAAAGGGUAUUGAAACCUUGAAUUUGGGAAGCUGAAUCAGCGAGCGAGAAGUAGAAAUGGAUGUGAUAAAGACGCAGCAAAUAUCCGCGAGACCUAUAGAGAAGGUAAUAGUGCACCCACUGGUUCUUCUGAGUAUUGUCGAUAACUACAGCAGAGUCGCUAAGGACACUCGUAAACGCGUCGUUGGUGUCUUGCUUGGUUCUUCUUUCAAAGGCACCGUCGACGUCACCAACAGCUAUGCAGUGCCAUUUGAAGAAGAAGAUAAGGACCCAAGCAUAUGGUUUCUUGACCACAAUUACCAUGAGUCAAUGUUUUCUAUGUUCAAAAGAAUAAAUGCCAAGGAGCAUGUGGUGGGUUGGUACAGCACAGGUCCAAAACUUAGGGAAAAUGACCUGGAUAUUCAUGGACUAUUUACUGAUUAUGUUCCAAAUCCUGUCUUGGUCAUAAUAGAUGUUCAACCAGUAGAGCUGGGAAUACCCACGAAAGCUUAUUGCGCAGUUGAAGAGGUGAAAGAGAAUGCCACCCAGAAAAGCCAGAAGGUGUUUGUGCAUGUGCCAUCAGAAAUUGCUGCUCAUGAAGUUGAGGAAAUUGGUGUGGAACACUUGUUAAGGGAUGUGAAGGACACUACAAUUAGCACCCUUGCAACUGAGGUGUCUGGGAAACUUACUGCUUUGAAAGGAUUGGAUGCUCGACUUCGAGAAAUACGUGGUUAUCUUGACCUUGUCAUUGAUGGAAAGCUGCCGCUAAACCAUGAGAUUCUGUACCAUUUACAGGACGUAUUCAAUCUACUCCCAAAUCUAAAUGUAGCUGAUUUAAUCAAGGCUUUUGCUGUGAAAACCAAUGAUAUGAUGUUGGUUAUCUAUCUUUCUUCCCUUAUCCGAAGUGUAAUUGCUCUCCAUAACUUGAUCAACAACAAGAUGCUUAACAAAGAGCAUGAGAAAGCAGAAGACACGAAGACGGUUGCUGUACCUGCAGCUGCUGGCAGCUAGAGAUGGAGAUUUUGUUGGCCCUCAGUUUUCUCUGUGGUUGCAUACUCUCUCUCUCUCUCUCUCUCUCCUGUCCUUCCAGCCAUGGAGAAUCUUGUGUUUUCUUAAAAAGACAAGUGGAAGGAUGAGGGUUUAGUGUAAAACAUUCCCCCAAUUUGCGUUUCUUGUGAUUGAUUAAAGUUGUUGUCCUAAUGGAUAUUUGCAAAAUGCUAUGUCAAGGGUAAAUGCAAACUCAUUCUUUGGCA